AUGUCUGCUGUGGCUAACCUCCUCACAAAUCUGCACUGUGGAUUUCAGCUUGAUGGGAUCCUAAACACGACUCAUCGUGCGCACCGAAACUAUGGUCCCAUUGUUCAGCUUUCCCCGAAAAUGAUUUCAUUCUGUCAUCCAGAUGCCAUAAAGGAUAUUUACACCGGACCCCGAGGCGGAUUAGAUUCCAUUGAUCUUGUUUGGUUUUUUGAGCGAUAUGGCUCACCAAAUGUAGUAAGCACCGUUGACGCAGAAUUACAUUUAAUUCGCAGAAAAAAUGUCGCGGGUCUCUAUUCGAGCCCAGUUGCAGCAUCACCAGCCUUUCAGGCUCAUAUCAAAACGACUAUUGAUGCAUUAAUGAACGAAAUUGAAGCAGAGGCAGGGUCGGAGCAGCCGCUUUCAUGGACUGUUGAUGUGUUUCCCAUGAUGAGGUGGUUGACUGCUGAUAUCAUGAUCGGGUUGACCUAUGGGCGUGAAAAGCCACUCAAUCUACUGAGCAAUCCUGAUUCAAGAGCUCAGAUGAAUGAACUCCUCACCCCAACACUGGAACUGGUCGCCAGUCCGUUAAUGACUGCUUUCCAAUGGCUUCCCCUUCCCAUCAUGAAACUCUUAUCACCGUUGAUCAACCCAGGGUCAAAAUUGACUACAUUUGGCAUGUCAUUGGUGCAAGAAUCUCUCAAGUCACUGCCUCUCCAAUCUAAAGAUGAUGACGGUAGGAAGGCAAAUACCCACCUCCAACAUCUUCUUUGUCUUUUCAAAAUGGAUGGUCCCAGCCCUGCCAUUCCAAACAUCAAUUACAUCGCCAGCGACACUUUGGACCACUUCUCAGGCGGUACCACCACAACUGCGGACUUCCUCUCCGCGCUACUCUACCACCUUUCCCUCCCGGAAAACAAACACCACCAGGACAAACUUCGCCAGGAACUACGAACUGUCAGCAACGGAAGUUGUCCCGCCUCAUCCACGGAACACAUACCUUUAUCACAGCUACAAGCCCUCCCGUACCUAAACGGCGUCCUGCGGGAGACAUUACGAAUCAGCCCUCCAAUCCCCUUUAGUCUCCCGAGAGUGGUUAAAACGAAAGAUCAGGACGUUACUGUCAUGGGUUUGAAGAUAAACCCAGGGACCAUCAUCUCCAUCCAACCCCACACUCUCCACCGCGACCCGGAUACGUUUCCUAACCCAGACGUAUGGGAUCCAGAACGCUGGCAAGUGCCAAUUACAUCCCCGGCCCACCGUCAGAUGCAACGCAUGCUGAUGCCGUUUGGAUAUGGACAAAGGAUGUGUACGGGAAUGAACGUCGCGUGGGCUAUCAUGCGUCAGGUGACGGCCAGUAUAUACAGAGAAUACGAAACAUCAUUGGACGAGGGUGUAUGGUUUGAGGCAGACGGCGAGCUGGCGUCUAAGGACGUGAAACACGAAAAUCGGAGGAGAAAGAAAAAGAAUUUGUUUCCGGACGGAGGUGUGCAGCCGAUCGUGUUUAGGAGGGUCUGA